AGACAACGCCAAACACACAUCAAAUUCCCUAUUUGGUCCGCAUCAUGUUCUCGCUCACAAGUUUGAGUAAUAUUGAACUUAGCGUGUCAUAUGAUUUAUGUAAGUCGGUCUGAUUACUUCACCAGGUGGAUGGAUACUCUAUAGUCCAUGCGACGAUAAAUUUUCAAAGAGUGUCUUAAAGCAGCUGCUCCCACACAAAACAAGCGGCUGCUAAGAAGUUUACUUGUCAGAUUCCAGCGAUUUGGUUUUCUUCUUUUAUGGACUUGCUCCCACUAAGUUUGUGAUCCAAUUGUUUAUGCUCAUGUAGCCAUAUUUAAAACCUGCAUACACCAUGAUCUAUCUAAUAUCUACCUUUGGUUGUCCUAUUCCAUCUUUCAUAUGUUCAUCAUGCAUCUCGUCCUACUUAACACUGCCUUCAGGAAGGCCUAGGAGUUGGUUAACCAGAAUAUGGCAUACAUGUUGGUCACAAGUUUAGGGCAGUAACAAAGGGUGCAAGCGUGAUGCGCUGCAAAUUCUCUUUACAUAUUGUUGUUGCAUAAAGAGAUCAGAAGGUUUAGAUCUGCUCUUACUAGAUCAUCAUUAGAAACCUGUUAUUUGGAGCAUAUUAAUGCCAGGCUGCUAGUAGUAUAUGUGAAGGCUUUUGUGGCAAUUUGCUAGAUAAUUUGAUGGAGUGCAACAGAGAAGAGGGGUUGAGGGCCAGAGAAAUAGCUGCAAACAUGCUGGAAAGCAAAGACUUUCUUGGGGCUAGAAGGAUUGCACUUAAAGCUCAAAGGCUUUUUCCAGGGUUUGAGAACAUAUACCAGCUGUUAACUAUCUGUGAAGUGCAAUGUGCAGCAGUUGCAAAAAUCAAUGAAGACUUAGAUUGGUAUAGUAUUCUCCAGGUGGAGGCAACAGCAGAUGAGACAGUCAUAACAAAGCAAUAUGAGAAACUUGCCUUUUGGCUCCAUCCUGAUAAAAACACACUCCCUGGUGCUGAAGUUGCUCUGAAGUUGGUCUCAGAAGCUCGCAAGAUACUGUGUGAUCGUACGGAGCGGUCUUUGUAUGACAUCAGAAGGCAGUAUGCUUCCAAACAUGUGACAAGCAAAGCUACACAGCUACCAAAUAAGACUGGUGGAAAUGAGAGUCAUGUGGAUGGAUGCAAACAACCACCUGAUUUUGUGCUGGUGUUCUGGACUAUAUGCCCGCAUUGUCGGAGCUGCAUGAACAAAGAUUUCAUGUCAACAAAACAUGGCAUCACCAAUCAGCAGGCCCAGACAGGGGGGAACAUUUACUCUGAACCUACCAUGAAUGCUACUCGAACUGAUGAACAUAGAGAAAGGAUUGACAGGGCAAGCGGUGAUGAGGAAGGUAAUUGUUCAGAGACAAGAAGCGAUGUAGUUCAGCUUUCAGCAAUGAACCAAGCUAAAUCUUCUGCGCCUGCUGCAGGCAAGGAAUCAGUUAGCAAUUUGACAUCAGCUCAUCCUGAUCCGAACUUCAUUUCCACACAGAACUUUAGAAGUGAAGAUGUAUCUCUAGUGCCAAAUAUUGCAAGGUCCUCCAGCCUUCAGAGAUUAGGUAAGAGAAAGCAAGAUGAUGGCCCAGACUGCAGCCACGGCACAGACUCCUCUAAUUAUAAGAUGCAAAGGAACCAUGACUCACCAUCUAGUGCUUCUGAGCAAAUUUCUAAUGACAAUGCUGCUGUUGCUGAGAAUCAGUCUGCUGAGCAUCAUGCCUUAAGUAGCGUGGAUAGCCAAGGUGGAGUAACUGCAAGUCGUGAAGCCAAUCAGCAAAGUUACAAGGAAGCAAGUGGUAGUGCUCCUCAGAAGCUUGGCAGUCCUGUGAUUACCUAUCAUCAUCCUGACUUUUUUGACUUUGGCAAGAUCAGAGAUGUAAACCUUAUUGCAGUUGAUCAAAUCUGGGCCUUUUAUGAUAACCUUGAUGGCAUGCCAAGAGAUUAUGCUCAGGUAAAGCACAUUGAUACUUCUGACUUAAGAGUUCAGCUGACAUGGCUGGAGUACAAUCCAAGGAAUGAGCAAGAAGCCAAUUGGAAUAAUAAGGAAUUGCCUGUAUCUUGCGGAAGCUUCUGCUUAGGAGGAGAAACAACAACCCUAUUACAAGAUCCAUCCACAUACCUGUCUCACAGAGUUCCAUUGACAAGAGGCAAAAAUGGGAACUCCUAUGAAAUAAAUCCUAAUAAGGGUGAGGUAUGGGCUCUUUAUAAAAGAUGGAGCAUGCAAUGGAUCUCCGAUCCAGAUAACUGUCGAUCCUAUGGACAUGAUGUUGUGGAAGUUAUCUCUGAUGGCUCAACGAGUGGCGAUGUCAUUGUUUCGCCGCUUACGAGGAUUGAAGGCUUUGUUAGUCUGUUUGCACAAGCUAAGGACAAACGCUUCUUUUCGAUACCAUCAAGUGAGCUACUGAGAUUUUCUCACUGUAUCCCCUUUUAUAGAACACAUGAAAAUGAAAGGGUGGGCGUUGCAGAAGAGCUCCUGGAACUGGAUACAGCAGCUCUUCCAAGUGAUCUGGAAACAGCAUUUCCUUCCAUUACUCUCAACUCUUACAUGUCUUCGGAACUCAUUUCUUAUCCAUAUCCAGAAUCUGAAUUCCACAACUUUGAAGAAGACCGGUCAUGUGAGAAGUUUGAAAGUGGCCAAAUUUGGGCUCUCUACAAUGACGCUGAUACAUUCCCGAAAGUGUAUGGCUGGGUGAGCAAAGUUGAGAUACAACCAUUUGAAGUGCAUCUGACCUGGCUCCAGGCCUGCCCUCAACAGGCACAGGAGAAGCUUUGGUUGGGGCAGAAUGUACCUGUGAGCUGUGGCAAGUUUAAAAUACGAAGCUGGAAAGCCAAGUAUGGUGGAAACCACCCCUUCUCUCAUUUGGUAGAAAAUAGCCAAAUCGAUAUGAACUGGCAGGUUAAAAUUCUUCCCAAGGUCGGUGAAGUUUGGGCCAUCUACAAGAACUGGUCACCUGAUUGGGUUCCUUCCAGCAACAAGCACACUACUGAUUAUGCUAUCGGGGAGAUCGUCGAGUGCAGUAAACGAGGCACAUUAUUUUCUUUUCUGACUAAAGUUGAUGGCUAUGUCGCUGUGUUCAAACCUGACCUUACCAAGGGAGUACUGAAAAUACCUAGGAAAGAGAACCUGAGAUUUUCUCACCGAAUUCCAUCAUUCCGUCUCACAAAGGAGGAAGGUGGCAAGCUCCGGGACUUCUACGAGCUCGACCCAGCUUCUGUCCCUGGCGAUUUUCUAUAGAAGAGCACCCCCUUGAAUUGACGCUUGCCUUUUCCGAGGGCAGCAAGAGGGAAUUAACCUCAGGAUAUAGCUAUACAAUGUUGUGUUUUGUGCCUGAACCUAGGGCACAGUAUAUAUUGGCUAAAUGUGACCAUGCGUGCUAAGUUUCUUUCGGGGUCUCUUAAUUUAGUUAGUACUGUUGGCGGUCAUGUUGAACUGAAAGUAAACUUGCAGUGAAGCAAGUGGUGUUUGCUGGACGCAAUGAAGCUGUUGGGCCAUGGAUUGAUGCAUGCAUGCUCCAUAUUGUUGUUGUUUGCUUCAUAAUAUUCCUGGUUACGUAUUUGUGGCAUGCUUGUGUGCCAGUCCAAA